AUGAGCAAUAGCUCAUUCGUUAGAACUAGAAGGAAAGGUGUCAACUAUGGCACCACUUCUAGAAACUUAACACAAGAUAAAAAUAAAUUUGAUCCUAUUGGCAAUAAGCAAAUUCUUAAAAAACAGAAUACAAAAAAUAAAUUGAAAGAAUCCUCUGAGGAAGAAAAUGACGAUGCUAUAGCCUCGGGCAGUAAUUCAAUCCCCCAAGUAGUUAUCUCAAAUAACGAAAUUACAGAAAAUGAACCUGAAUCAUAUGAACAAGUUAUUGACAUGGAAGAAGAAACAGAUACGGGUGCGAACAACUUUCAAGUAAUUGGAGGUAACCUUGAAGAAUCUAAACAUAAUAAAGAAAGUGAAUGGCAAGAAGUCAGGAGGAAGGGGAAAAAUAAGGCCAAAGAUAAUAAUAAUAAUAAUGACGAAGAAGAUAGCAAGUCAGUAUCAUCCUAUAAUUCAGAUAGCGACUUCCAAACGAAAUGGAGGAAAAUCACUCAAACUCCCAAGUAUAAAAUUUGGACAUAUGCGACUAAGAUAAUGGGGAAAAACCUCGGUGAUAAAAUCGAUAAAAUUAGACAAAUCUUGAAAAAAGAAUCUGAUGUUGUCCUGGUAAAAUCUGAAAUUUUUGAGAACAAUAGAAUGAUUGCAGCCUAUUAUGACAACAAAGAAGAAAUGGAAAAGGGAAACAAAGCUAAUGUGGGCAACGAUGCAGACCAGCCUACUUACAUGCAUAGAGCACAGAUCUUUAAAAGGAAUCCUGAAAGAGAUCUCAUGCAUGGAGUCAAAUUGUGGGACAUACCUAUACAUAUGACUAACAAAGAAAUUAAAACUGAGUUAGAAUUUAAUUUUGGUAUAAUUGAAAGAAUGAAUGUAAGGACUAAUAACAUGUGGCAAUCUGCAGUAGUCUUCUUUAAAGAAGAAGAAGUGGCGAAAAAGGAGGAUUUAGACAAAGCUUUCACUUUUAAGUGGGAAACAGAAGCGUUUAAAAUCGAGAUUAUUGACUUAACAAUCAAAACAUGCCACAGAUGUAAAUCGACGGAACAUUUGGCAGCAGCAUGCCAAAGAACACUCAGGGACAAAGAAUUUAAGAUCAAAUCAGCUGAGAGGUUAGAAAAAUUCGGUCCAAUGUAUAAAAAACAUAACCCAAAGUAUUUUAAUAUCCUCAGCAAACAAGUUAGUGGGAAAACAUACGCAGAAGCUACAAAAAAUAAAACAAGUAAAAUUUAUAACACCAAACCAUCAGAAUCUGAAAAUGUUAGAUUAGAUAGAAUUGAAAAACUACUAUUAGAAAUUUCCAAUC